CUGGAGGAACUGCAUGGAUUCAGAAUUUGAAUUGAUGAAAACCAGUAACUACGUUGAACCAAUCCUCAUCUUUACAGAAUACUGGACUCUCUGGAUCUUCAGAUAAAUAUGGGGUGAAACCUAGCUUUCUCGAUAUAACGAGAUUAUGUGAAACCGUGAACUAUGAUGGUGAGUAAUGGCUGAUCCAACCCUACUCUUGAUCCUGGUUGUACUGUUAGCCAGGGGCGGAGCUGAACCUCCGUCCCAGUACUGUGGACGGAAUACUCCGCUACAGACCCAGUACUUUUCAUCCUUUCUUCAGGAGGAGCAACAUGCAAUAGGGUGUGUUGGGGCUCCUGCUAAGGAUGGAUUUACUCAUGUAAUAAGACUGAAUACUCCGGGAGACCAAGUUCAUCUGCAAAUAUCAGGAACUCUCGGAGACAAUGUAUCUCUCGUCCUGGAUUCUGGUAAACCGACCACCUGGAGACUUGAAACUAAACUUAGUAUCGUGAAUAUUCUUGUAUCCCUGAAGUCCCACGUGGUUCUUAAAGAUGGAGGAGUUCCAUCUACCAGUUCCUUCCUGGACUCACCAGGGAAAUAUAAUACCUCGCUGAUCACCUCCUACACUACUAUAGACAAAGCUAAUAAAAUAGUUAUUCAACUACCUCAAAAUCUGCCGACUCAACCCUGUGACCUGAAUCUGAACUCUGAUAGUCCUGCUGUCAGAGCAUACACCACCACCCGUAUCCUGCCCUUUGGUUGCUUCCAUCAGGAGGCAGCAGGGCUUCUUCCUAAUGAUGUUCAUGUUAUAGAUCUGAAAACUCAACCCUCCGCCUCUAGGAGUCCUCGACACUCCCUGCACCAGGAUUGGGUAGAGAUGAACAUCCUGCCAACCCUGGAGAGCCAGGAGCCUGUCAAUAACUCGGAGAGGAGGAAUAUGACAAUCAUCCUGAAGAGUGAUCGUCCUGUUUUAUGGAAAAUAAGAUCUGAUCAGGUUCUUGGGAACCUUACAAUUGCUGCAGGAAACAAUACUGUUGACUCCCUGUCUCUGAGCACCCAACAAAGACUGAAUAUCGAUAAGACUGAAAUCUCCGGAGACUUUGACGCGCUGAUGCGGCGUGUCACAGAUCUCUAUGGGUUACCUCUCUCCUACCUUCGAGUACACAGCGCUAACCUUCUCCAGAUACAGAUACCUCCGAGAUCUAGACGAGAGGUUUCAACAUUCUUGGAACGGGAUCGGAGUAAUCUGCUCCGGGAUAAGGAAACUCUUCCCGUUCAGUUUAGCAACGAUCAACAAUCUAAUAUUUCAGGUUUAUUAAUAUUAUUAUAUACCUGA